CCUUCACAUCAUUGAAAGCAGUCUUAUCUGUCUUUGUCACAGAGAAGUACAACUUCCUGGGGAUCAGUAUAGUCGGUCAGAGUAAUGACAGAGGAGAUGGAGGUAUUUAUAUUGGCUCCAUCAUGAAAGGCGGAGCGGUGGCGGCGGACGGGAGGAUAGAGCCUGGAGACAUGCUGUUACAGGUGAAUGAAGUGAACUUCGAAAACAUGAGUAAUGAUGAUGCUGUCAGGAUUCUGCGAGAGAUCGUCUCCAAACCUGGGCCAAUAAGCCUUACAGUGGCCAAAUGUUGGGACCCCUCUCCGAGAAGCUACUUCACAAUCCCUAGAGCCGAGCCAGUGAGACCUAUUGAUCCUGCAGCCUGGAUCACACACACUACAGCACUUUCUGGGCCAUACCCACAUUAUGAGUUUGAUGACCUUCCGCUUUCGGUGUCUAAAACAGACAUGGCAACUAUAGUGAAGGUCAUGCAGCUUCCAGAUUCAGGCUUGGAGAUCAGAGACCGAAUGUGGUUGAAGAUCACUAUAGCCAAUGCUGUUAUUGGAGCGGAUGUUGUUGACUGGUUGUUUUCUCGGGUGGAAGGAUUUAAGGAUCGCAGGGAUGCUAGAAAAUACGCCAGCAGUUUAUUGAAGCACGGUUACCUGAGGCACACAGUCAAUAAAAUCACCUUCUCGGAGCAGUGCUACUACACUUUUGGAGAUCUGUGUCAAAACAUGGCUUCUCUCAAUCUGAAUGAGGGAUCCAGUGGUGGUGGCUCUGACCAGGAUGGUCUCGCUCCUCUUCCUCCUCCAGGAACAAACCCAUGGCCCCUUGGUGGGCAGCCUUACCCAUACCCGGGUUACCCCACCCCUCCGCCAGGCUUUCCUCCGGGAUAUUCAGAUCCCUGCCACAGUUUUCACAGCGGGAGCGCAGGCAGCCAGCAGAGUGAAGGCAGCAGAAGCAGUGGCUCAAACCCCAGCGCUGGCAAAGGACGCAGAGCCUCGCCCCGAGAGAAGGAACACAAGGCACCCUGCUGUGGGGGGAGUGAAUCAGAACUGGUGACAUGGGUCACAAGAAGGGGUGAAAAAGCACCCAGUCAGCUGAGCCACCAAAGCCACAGCCGAUCGGCCGCCAGCCAGUCCCAAUCCGCUUACAGUCACGGCCACACACAGUGCCACCUCAUCCCACAGCACAGCCUUAGCUUCAGCUACAGCCAUGCUCCAUUCAUCCAGCCCAGUCAUCUGUCAUGCGCCCACAGCGAAAGGAGUCACGGCUCUUCUUAUGGCCCGCCGGGUUUACCCCCUCCCUACUGCCUUGCGCAUCUCGCCCCCAAAACAGCCGCAGGCAACAGCAACAGCCCGCCAGGAGCUCCUCCGAUUCGGGAGAUUGGAAACGUCCCACCAGAACUCACAGCAAGUCGGCAGUCUUUUCAGCACGCUAUGGGCAAUCCUUGUGAGUUCUUUGUGGAUAUUAUGUGACAGGAGAGAGUGCCUUCAACAUUCACUUCAUAAGGUUUUGCUACUGACGAUCCAAUGCCUGCACUGAGAAUGUACAAACUGAUGCACAAAUCUAAAGGGAGAGUUCACCUAAUGCUGGAAAUUCUGUCGUUUGCUCUAAACUUAUUCUGUGAAACAGGAAAAUCUGUUUAGUUGACCACAGUUAACUAAAACUGGGAAAUUAUUUAAUUUAUUAAAUUUUCUUCGGCUUACUGGCUUAAUUCAUCAGGAGUCACGACAGUGGAAUGACCGCCAACUAAUCCAGCAUAUGUUUUGCAUAGCAGACGUCCUUCCAGCCGCAACCCAGUACUGGGAAAAAACCCAUACACACUCAUACACUAAGGCCAAUUAAGUUAA